AUGUCGGACGUCGAGAAAAAGGAGGACCUCCACCCAGUCGAUAUCAGUCAUGAUGAGGUCUUGGCUAAUCCGGAUCUCAUGAAUGAUGCGCUCGACGCAGAGGCUCAUGAGCAUGAGAUGGGAACUUGGGAGGCCGCUAAAGCCCAUCCCAUGGCCUGUUUCUGGGCAUUUAUCAUGUGUUUUACAAUUGUCAUGGAAUCGUUCGAUAUGUUCCUGAACACCAACUUCGUUGCCCUGACCGCAUUCCAAAAUCACUUUGGUGUCCAAACUGGACCCGAUGCCUACACUAUCCCAACUCGGUGGCAGAGCGCGCUUUUCCAAUCUGGUCAAUGUGGUGCUUUUAUCGGUGUGUUUCUGGCCGGUCCCAUCACCAGCCGAAUCGGUUAUCGUUGGACAACAAUCUUGGGUCUCUUGAUUAUGAAUGCUACUAUUUUCAUUUCCUUCUUCGGUGACUCUCUUACCGUUCUCGUGAUAGGACAAGCGUUUGAAGGUAUUCCCUGGGGUUUCUUCAUUGCAAACUCCCCUGCCUAUGCUAGUGAGGUUGUUCCAAUUCCUCUUCGAGCUGCCACCACUGCCACUCUGCAGAUGAGUUGGUCUAUUGGUUCAAUCAUUGUCGCUGGUGCAUCAUACGCAUACAACGAUCGACCCGACCAGUGGGCGUGGCGAGUGCCUCUUGCCCUUCAGUGGAUCUUCCCUACCCCUCUAUUGGUUCUCAUCUUCUUUGCUCCCGAGUCCCCAUGGUGGCUCAUUCGUCGUGGGCGUAAAGCCGAGGCCCUUCGCUCUAUUAAGCGCCUUGGUAGCAACGUUUCAGAGGACGCUGCUCAGAAGUCUUAUGCUAUGAUUGAGCGAACAAUUGAGAUUGAGGCCCAACUUGGCAAAGCCCCAACCUUCAUGGACUUGCUCAAGGGAUCCGAUAGACGCCGAACCAUCAUUACUUGUUUAGUAUACACCUCCCAGAACUUCGCUGGUAAUUUGAUUGCCAACCAAGCCACCUAUUUCUUCGAGCAGGCUGGCAUGUCAACCGCUUUCUCCUUCCAACUGAACCUGAUCACCACCUGCCUUCAGUUCGUCGCCAAUGCUGGUUCUUGGUUCCUGACAGCUUACUUCUGUCGACGAACUGUCUACCUGUGUGGUCUAUCCGUCAACAUCGUCUUCCUCUUUCUCCUCGGUAUCUGCGCAUCCAUCCCCCAGAACGUUCACACCAACUAUGCCCAGGCCUGUCUUGGUGUGAUCAUCUCGUUCGUCUAUGCUGGUAGCCAGGGCCCAAUCUCCUACACCAUCAUUUCUGAGACAUCCUCCAUUCGCCUCCGUCCUCUCAGCACUGCGGUCGGUCGUGCAGCAUACUACUUCACUGAAAUCCCCAUGAUUUACCUCUCUUCCAGAAUGCUGAACACCACCGGGUGGAACCUCGCAGGAAAGUGUGGAUACGUUUGGGGAGGUACUGCUGUUGUCUGCUGGGUCACAGCUUAUUUCUUUCUGCCUGAACUCAAGCACCGUUCCUACCGCGAGAGUGACAUCCUGUUCAACCGCAAGGUCCCUGCUCGACAGUUCAAGUCGACUGUCAUUGACGCCAGAGAUAAUGAGUAG